AUGUGUAAGGCCGACAUCGGCAGAGGAAAGAAUUGCGAAAUCCGUCGCGUUUCGUCGCAGGUGUUGAAGCUGGUGGAGGGCGAGAAGGGGAAAGAGGAGAACUACGUGGUGUUCUCCCUCCGGAACCAGGUCGGGGCGCUGGCCAGGGCGCUCCGCAUCUUCCAGGUCUGUCUCCCGUUCUUCCAGGGGCCGUCUUCCGUUCUUACGGGGGCCGUCUCCCAGGAGAAAGGGGUGAACCUGGUGAAGAUCGAGAGCCGCCCGUCCCGACGUCGCGAAUCCCAGAUGGAGAUCCUGGUGGAGCUGGACUGCCCCGACUCCCAGAAGGCCCUCGUGGACCGGGCCCUCAAGAGGGAACUCUCGUGCCUCAGCCUCAAGGAGUUCGACGGCGGGGAGGAGUUCCCGCCGGAGUCGCCGGCGUCGCUCGCCUCGCUCGACAGCUUCGACUUUGACGACAUCAUCUGGUUCCCGAAGAAGCUCUCGGACUUGGACAUCAGCUCGAAACGAGUCCUCAUGUAUGGUUCAGCCUUGAAUGCAGAUCACCCAGGUUUCACAGAUCCAAUAUAUCGCAAGAGGAGGAAGUACUUUGCAGACUUGGCCAUGGCAUACAGGCAAGGAGAACUCAUUCCACGGAUCCAGUAUUCAAAGGAAGAAAUCAAAACUUGGGGCGUUAUAUACAGAGAACUCUUCCGACUUUAUCCAACACACGCUUGCCCGGAAUUCUUGAAAAACUGGCCCGUUCUUCAGAGGCACUGCGGAUACAGGGAAGACAACAUCCCUCAGCUGCAAGACGUGAGCAACUUCCUGAAACGGAAGACGGGAUUCACGCUGAGACCAGUGGCUGGCUAUCUGACCCCAAGAGAUUUCUUAGCUGCCCUUGCAUUUCGGGUGUUCAGCUGCACCCAGUACAUCCGACAUUCUUCGGAUCCAUUCUACACGCCAGAGCCGGACUGCUGCCACGAAUUAUUGGGCCACGUCCCUCUCCUGGCGGAUCCGAGUUUCGCCCAGUUCUCGCAGGAGAUCGGCUUGGCUUCACUCGGCGCAUCGGAGGACGACGUGAAGAACCUCGCCACCCUCUACUUCUUCACGAUCGAGUUCGGGCUGUGCACGACGGAGACGGGGGAGCUGAAGGUGUACGGGGCGGGGCUGCUGUCGUGCGUGGCGGAGCUGAAGCACGCGGUGUCGCAGGAGGCGGUCGUGAGGCCGUUCGACCCGGACGAGGUCACGCGGACCGAGUGCAUGAUCACGACCUUCCAGCAGCGAUACUUCUACACGCGGUCUCUCGAGCAGGCCAAGGAUAAGAUGAGAGAGUUCGCGGCGACGAUCCAGCGCCCCUUCGGCGUCCGGUACAACGCCUACACCCAGUCGGUGGAGGUCCUCAGCAGCGUGGAGAAAGUCUCGAACGUGGUGAAGGAGCUCCGAGGGGACCUGUGCAUCGUGGGGAACGCGCUGAGGAAGAUCAGGGAGACGGGCGGGGACGACGGGGGCGGCGGGUUCGUGGAGCUGGAUGCGCUCAAGACCGUCAUCCUUCAGAUGGAUGACAAGUCUCCCUGA